CUUGGCCAAAGCUACGAUAAAUGUAAAAGCAACGGAAAAAAUUUGGAAAAAUAAGAGCAAUGAAUUAUCUAUUUAUCUAUUUUUUUUAAAAAUAAAAAUACUUAUAUUUUACAGUUAAAUAUACCAACUUAUUCAAGAAAAUGGAUCUUUUUUUAUACGAAAUUAUUCUCCAAGGCCUCACUAUAAUAGAAUCAUUUUUCUUUUACAGCGGGUUUAUGGUAAUGUAUCUGAAACAAAAAAGUGGACGAAACUCUGCGAAAUACUAUGUCAUGUGUUUAGUCAAGCGAGUUAUCAGAUAUACACUUCCGAUAUUCUUCGUUUUGGGCUUCGUAAUUCUUCUGCCUCUUCUUGGAGAAGGUCCUCGUUGGGAUUAUAUUAUUAGACAGGGAAAACACAUGGAAAACGAAUGGUGGAAAUAUAUCAGCCAUAUUCAUAUUUACUCGCUCGCUGGAUCGAUGGUGUUUAUCGACGUAAUAUGGUUCAUCAGUGCGUUGCUGCAACUUUCCAUCUUAAUGUCACUGUUAUUAUAUAUUGUUGACAGAUUGUCCAAAUUUGGAAGACUCGCCAUAAUUGCAUCAAUGUUAACAGGGAUUAUCAUGUAUAUAGUUGAUGUAGUUUCGAACAGAUAUUACAUGAUGCUUGGAAUACCUGCAGUUUUUGAGGAAACCUAUAAAUAUUUUGCUUAUAAUUACAUUAAACCAUAUUAUUCUCAUCUUGGUACUUAUUGUUUCGGUGCUUUAAUUGGAGAUAUAUUAAGGAAGAAGAAGCAGGUCACAUUUGGAAAGGUAUACUAA